UCAGAUCACACACACCACCUCUGAAACUACAGAGAAAGUGCAAACAUGGGGGCGCUUCUGUAUUUGUUGCUCUGCUCAGGUUAUAUUACACAGCUGGUCUCUGCAAAAAAAUUCCUGGUGACGGCUCCCAGCAUUUUUCAUGUUGGUGUAGAGGAAAAGGUGUCAGUCCAGGUUGGGGAGGGACUGCUGAACAAACCUGUGACCUGUCACUUAGAGCAGGAAGUGGGACGUGUUUUAAUGUCAAAGCGGCAGACCACACAGAUCACUGAGAAAGGAAAAAUUGAAAGACUAGAGCUUCAGAUUUUGCCAGAUAAAAUUGCAAACUUACCAUGGGCCAGUGCACAGCCACCUUAUCUCAACCUGGUGUGUGAUGUUGGUGAAAUUAAGAGAAGGCUAGCUCGAGUGUUGGUAUCCAAGCACAGAGGCUACAUCUUCAUUCAGACAGACCAGCCCAUAUACAACCCGACACAGAAAGUUCAGUACAGGAUUUUUACUCUGGACCAUGCUAUGCGUCCGAUAUCCGAGAAGAUAUAUGUGUCCUUAAUUAAUCCAGAAGGGAGCACGGUCAAGGAAACGUUGGUCAGUUCCGUUUCAGGCAUUUAUGUCAAGGUCUUCCAUAUUCCUGAUGUUUCACAGCCAGGUGUGUGGAAGAUCAAAGCUCGCUACAGAGAUGAUGAGAGUGCGACUAUUCGGGAAUUCAAGGUUCAAAAGUUUGUCCUUCCUAGUUUUGUUGUAACCAUCAAGCCUGAGACUGACUAUCUCCUCGUGGGCACUGAAAACUUUAAAUUCUCCAUUGAUGUUGCAUAUUCAUAUGGAAAGAAAAUCAAUGGAGGAUUUCACUGUCGCUUUGGAGUGAGAGGAGAAGAUAUAAAGGAGCCAAAUGACAUCAUAUUCAUCAAGGGGCUAGAAGAAACUGGACCAGUAAGGAAUGGUGAAGCUGAAAUCACUCUUAAAAUUGCAAAAAUCCAGGAGAAACUGCAACCCAUAAAGCUGGAAGACUUAGCCCAGAAUGGAGCACGGUUCUACAUUGCUGCUACUGUCACAGAUACCUUCAGUGGUGAGGUACAAGAGUCGGAAAUAUUCCUUCCCAUCGUGUCACAGAAAUACAAAGUAGACCUGGACAGAACCAGAUCGCACUUUAUUCCUAAAGUGCCUUUUGAUGUGAAUGUAGUGGUGCAUACUCCAACUGGCCUGCCAGCCAAAGACGUUCCGGUGAAAAUAAGUGUAUCACACACAAAAGAGAAGUCUACAACUGUAAAAACAGAUGAUGAAGGAAUAGCAUUUUCUGUUUUCAAUUUUGACCAAUCACCUCAGUCCAUUUCUGUUGAGGCAACAGUCGAUGGAGUUAAAUCAACAAAAAAUGUGGCCAUUGCCACUUCCUCAAGCAACAGCUUCUUGUUAAUCAGUGUGAUCAAUAAAGUUUUGGCACCAGGACAACAGCUGAGUGUUGAAUUUGAUCUUGUCAAUGGCCAAGCAAAUGAUGGAUACGUGUACUACUUGAUCUUGAGCAAAGGUGCUCUCAUAAGGUCAAGUUCUGUUAUAAUCGGACGUAAAGCCAUUGAAAACCUCUUCCUCGGCCCUGACAUGGUUCCAUCUUUCCGCCUCAUUGGAUAUUAUUAUAACACAAAUGGUGAAAUUAUAGCGGACUCAAUCUGGGUAGAUGUCAAAGAUGAGUGCGAGGGAAAGGUCAUGCUAACACAAAAGAAACAUCAAAAUUAUUACCAUCCAGCAGAAAGCAUUGAAUUUAACAUUGAUGUAGGAGACCAACAAAAUGCAAAAGUGGCUUUACUGGCUGUGGACAAAGCCAUCUAUGCCCUGAAUGCCCCAAACAAACUCACCCUAAAACAGGUGUUCUCCUCUAUGCAGUCUUAUGAUCUGGGAUGUUCGUAUGGUGGUGGUGGGAACACUGCUGCAGUAUUUAAUGAUGCUGGACUGACUUUCAUCUCUCACUCUGAAACUGUCAAGUCCCAGAUGAGGAUAGGAUUUGGCUGUGAAUCAGGUUUCAGGAAGCAGAGACGUUCCAUAGAUCUCCAGAAAGAAUUGGCACAAAAAGAAACUGAGUACCCAAAUGCAGUAUUGAAGAAGUGUUGCCGUCAUGGCCUAAUACUGCUCCCAAUGAAGCUAAGCUGUGAGGAACGAAAGGAAAGAAUGAAUGCAGGCAAUGAAUGUGAAGAGGCUUUCCUGAAGUGCUGCAUAUUUGCUACCCAGCUGAGGGAAAAGAAGAGGCAAGAGGAACUAAGGAAUAGCUUUGGCAGAACUGCAAGUGCCAGUGAUAUUGAAAACUUUUUUAACAACGAUAUCCAAUACAUUCGCCGCAGUUUCCCUCCCAGCUUUGAAUUUGAUGUUUUUAAUGUGAAUGGCCAGCAUAAUACAAAACAGCUCAUUCUCCCUGACUCCAUCACUACCUGGGAGAUACAGGCUGUCAGUUUAUCUCCCUCUCAUGGUUUUUGUGUGGCCAAGCCUCUUGACAUACGUGCAUUUCAGGAGCUCUUUAUCGCUUUGCGACUUCCCUACUCUGUCAGGAAGAAUGAACAAAUGGCCAUUGUUGUGGUCAUCUACAAUUAUGGCAAGAAAGAAAGACAGCUUGCCGUUCAUAUGAAACAAAUAGAUGGCUUGUGCUCACCUGGGGCUUUAUCCAUUGAUUCCUACGUCAAUAUCACUUUGGCUGGUGGUAGCUCUGAGACAGUGACCUUUUCUGCUGUUCCUCUGAAGGAGGGUGAAAUCCCUAUCACUAUCCAACUUUAUGACAGAAAGUAUGAGUUGGGUGUGGAUGCCAUUCAGAAGACACUGUUGGUGAUGAAUGAGGGAGUCCGUAUGGAGCAGAAGUAUAAUGAAUUAAUUAACCUGGAUGGUAAAAGUGACAAAUACAUUAAUAUCGAUGGAGGGUUUCCAAAUGGUACAAUUCCUGACUCAGCUGGCAAUAUCUUUGUCAAAGUUGAAGGAGAAAUAUUUGGUGUAGCAACAGCUACGCCCCUACUUACAUCAACCAGUGUGAAGAAGCUGAUCAAUGCCCCUCGUGGCUGUGCAGAACAAACUAUGAUCAGGAUGUCUCCCACGGCUCUGGCCAUCCGUUACCUGGACUCAAACAACCACUGGCUGGAACUGGAACCUGAAAUGAGAGACAAAGCACUGAACCACAUAGAGCAGGCCUACAACAGGAUUUUGACAUUCAAAAAAGAUGAUGGAUCAUAUGGCGCAUGGAAGACACAUCCCACCAGUAACUGGCUAACUGCCCUGGUAGUGAAGGUGUUAUCCCUUGUGGCUGACUGUCAGUUAGCAACUACAGAAGACAAAGAGAUCGUCUCACAAAUUGAAAUUCGGAAGUCAGUCAAAUACAUUAUUGAACAGCAGCAAAAAGAUGGGUCAUUCACAGAUCCUAACCCAGUUAUUCAUAGAGAAAUGCAGGGUGGAAUUGGGGGUGUGGAACAAGAUGCAUCGCUCACUGCUUUCAUAGCCAUUGCUCUUAAACACUCCCUUCCGUUCUUAGACCAGGAAAUUGAUUCUGUGACGAUUAGCAUCGCUCAAGCCACCAGCUAUCUCCAGUCUCGUGUUGAUGAGCUACAGAGACCCUUUUCUCUGGCUAUUACAGCCUACUGCUUAAGCUUUUGUCUUGAAGUCAAGAAAGAGGCUUUGCCAGCUUGGGAGAGACUUAAACAAAAAGCAACAAUAGAAGGUGAUUGUAAGGUGUGGCUGGAAAAUGAGGACAUUCGAUUGCUAAAUGAGAAGAAACAAAACCUGGUUCCAUCCACGGUGGCUCUUACAGUUGAGAGCACCGCAUAUGCUCUUCUUACUGCUUUAGAACAUCAAGAUUUUGAAGAAGCAAAACUGGCUGCUUGCUUCCUGUCCUCCCAAGAGAACUAUGAAGGCGGAUUCAAAUCCACACAGGAUACAAUUAUAGCUUUGGAAGCGCUGUCAGAGUAUGCAUUGCGUUUACCCCCACUGCCCGUAGAUACUGUCAAUGCACAGUUCACCAGUGUGAAGAGGAAUGAAAAAGAGAAUCUGGCCUUGAACAAGAAUGGCGAGAAAGUGGAGAAAGAUUUAAAGAGACUGCUGGGAAGUAACAUAAUUGCAAAGUUUUCAGGGAAAGGGCAAGCCAAAGUAAAGGUGGUGAAAGCUUUCUACGUCCCAGAAACUUCUACCGAUUGUAGUCAGCUGGCAAUAAAUGUGACGGUGAAGGGCAAAGUAGAGUACACAACUCAGGUAACAGAAAACUAUGACUAUGACUAUAAUUAUGAUCACUCGGAAAGAAGGGAGGAGGAAGACUUCCCUCGCUCAGCCAUCGAGUGGUUCGAUGCUCGGACCAGACGCAGACGGAACACCCAGCAGAGCCAGAAUGCUCAUAACAUACUCGUGUAUGAAGUGUGCAUCAGUCACUCCUUGGAACGGAAGCUCACAGGCAUGGGCAUUGCUGAUAUCACAUUACUCAGUGGCUUUGAGCCUAAAACCGAGGAUCUGGAUUUGUUAAAGGAUGCAGAAGUCCCGUACAUCUCUCACUACGAGUUUGCAAAUGGAAGGGUCCUGUUAUAUUUUAACAAGAUAUAUAAAGGUAGCGAAUGUAUUGCAUUUGAAGCUAUUCAAAGGGUGCCAAUAGGUUUGCUGCAGCCUGCUCCUGCUACAUUCUAUGACUAUUAUGAACCAGAAAGAAGAUGCACUACGUUCUAUAGUGCCCCAAGCAGGACCAAGAUGGUGUCUGCUCUGUGCUCUAAUGAAGUGUGCCAGUGUGCUGAAAGGGCCUGUUUUAAAGAAAAGCGACCAUCAAAAUCACCAUCUAUUGCAAAGGAGGACCGCUUCAGGCAUGUUUGCUUCCAGCCUAUAGCAGAUUAUGGCUUCAUGGUCACUGUGAAUGCUGUGGAGGAUAAGAAGAUCUUUGAUUUUUAUUACACCACAGUGACUGAGGUCCUAAAAUAUACUGGAGAUAUCAGUGUGACUGAGGGUAAGACCCGAAUUUUUGCCAAGAGGAAACAUUGUAAGAGUCAGCUGGAAGUAGGGAACACUUACCUUAUCAUGGGUAAAGAUGGCUCUACGACCGACCUCAAAGGACACAUGAUAUACCUUUUAGAUUCAGAUACAUGGGUGGAACAUAAGCCGACCCCGAAUAAAUGCAAAGCAUCAAACCUGAAGUCAUACUGCAAGGGAUUCCAAGCUUUCCGAAGAGAAUAUCAAGUUCAAGGCUGCUCCCAAUAAUCCAAUCAAUCAAUCAAUGACAACAUUAUGGUACAAUAAGUUGACCUGAAUUCAAUUACAGUAGUCCAAACUGAUAGCACAAUGGGGACCAACUAGUUUCUAGUCCAACAUCCAAAAGUCUAGAAGUGACCACACCAUCACUGAAUAGAAAUGGUCGCAUAAAAUUCACUUUAUUCCGUCCUGAGUGCUGUACCUUGUUAUCACAUUGGUUAUCAGAAGAAAAGACUUGUCACAUGUUUGGAAACCCCAAUUAUUUUUGACACUUUGCAACAGAAAUGAUCACCAGUUGUUCCUAAUUGUUCCAUACUGUAUAUGUCAUCUUGUUAAUUUUGCAUAUUUGCUUCUGGUUAUCUUGCUGGCUUUUGUAACAAGUCAUAUAUUGUUUGAGAAAACUCUCAGAAGCUUUCUCAAUUCAGUUUAU